AAAGGUGAUUUUCAAAAUCUAAUUUGGAAUAUUAUCUCUACCUUCAUUAUUGAAACAGGAGGUGCAACUACUCUUAUCAGAAGUUUAGCAAUGAAAGAUGAAACCAGGCAAAACUCUGAUAAAAUGGCAAAAUGGUAA